GGUCCAUUAAUGUCAUUAAUGUCUCUUCCACGUACGUCUUCUGCCCUGUUUAUCAUGCUAUGCCCACAAACCUGGCCAUGUUAACAUUAAACAAGACAGCGGAGAGCAGCUUCGAGGGUCCUGCUGGUCAUCAACAAAACUACAACCAGAGAAAGAUGUUGCAAUUUGGAGGAUUGCAAAAUGCACAAUCCCGUGGCUCUAUGAGUUUAAACAAAUAUAAAAACUCUGACUCAUGAUAAUGAGGAACGUACAGAGAGUGAUUCUUACCAGAGGCACAGCAGAGUAAGACAGCUGACUGGAAACGGUGUGCAGGAGAAUCUGAGCGUUUCACAUCUGGACACAAGCAGGAAAAUGACUUUUCAGCCCACAAGUUUCCAAAACCUCAGCAUUGCAGUGUUGGAUGGACUCCAGAAUAGCACCAACAGCACUGGCUGUCAAGAAGCAGAAGCCUGGAGUUGGGUCUACGCCCAUGGGCCUGCAUACAUCUCCAUCAUCUGUGCUCUGGGAAUACUGCUUAAUCUAUUUGUCCUGACAGUGUUCUGCUUUCACAACAAGCCCUGCACAGUGGCAGAGAUCUUCCUGGGCAACCUGGCUGCUGCGGAUCUCAUCCUGGUUUGCUGUUUGCCGUUCUGGGUGGUCAACAUUGCCAAUAGUUUCAAUUGGCCUUUUGGCCAAUUCAUGUGCAAGGCGGUCAAUGUUGGCAUUAAAAUUAACGUUUACUGCAGUACGUACUUCCUUGUUUUGGUUAGCAUAGAUCGCUACAUAGCCCUGGUGCAUGGUUUGUCUCAUGGAAGACUGCGUAGGCCGAAGUAUGCAAAACUAAGCUGUGUGAUAACAUGGGGCUUUGGCUUGCUCCUGAGCAUACCUGCGUUUAUUUUUCGGGAGGUGGAAUAUUUUCCACUGUAUGGUGUUCAUGCGUGCUAUCUUGCCUACCCAAGCCAAACCAUAGAGCUUUUUUAUAAUGGUGCACUCAUCUUUCUCAGCUUCCUCCUUCCCAUUUCAGUCAUUUCAUUCUGCACUUGGAGGAUAAUUUGUGCUUUAAAAAAACAAGCAAUCGACAGAAUCAACGCUGAGAAAACAGAACAGAAAGCAACCAUCUUGGUGUUGGUUGUCCUCCUCGUCUUCCUCUUCUGCUGGGUCCCAUUUCAUUUGGCCACCAUGUUGGAUCUCCUCUUAAAAGCUCACAUCCUCACAGGUUGUAAUCUUGAAACUGCCUUAGAUAUCUGCAACCAAUUCUUCACCUACAUGGGCUUUUUCAACAGCGUCUUGAACCCCAUCCUUUAUGUUGUUGUUGGAAAAAACUUUAGGAAAAAAGUUCAGGAAUUGUCAAAGCAGUGGCGCAACAAAAGAAGAUUGACCGAGUCCACACGGUCAAACGUGUCUUCAACGCUCAAGAGUUUGGUCUAGAACUCACUCUGGAAGAUUGCACUCACCUUACAGACUAAUGAAGGAAAAUGAGAGUUCUGCAAUUGUUUUUCUGUAAAUAUCUCCUCCAUUCAAAUGCUUUGCUCAUAUUUAGAAUCUACAGCCUUUUAGAUUCUGUUCGUGUGAUGUGCAGUACACAAGUAUUCUUUUAAGUGUAUAUCAAUGUCGAAAUGAGAAAUAAAAUGUAGAAAUAUUCUGUCUUGCAAUGGGAAAAGAGAUUUCCUUGCAGUAUAAGCUAAAAUAUAAAUAUAUAUUGUUUUCAAUAAUUUAUUCAGUUAUAUAUGAUCCACAUGUAUAUCUCACUUGUUGGGACACUUUAAAGCUGUUGAUGUACUUUUAUGGGAUGCCAGUACAUACAAAUACACUAUGUUAACAGCUUUCAUACACUUUGACAACAAAAAAACCCUCCACAUGGAUCUAUAAUAUAUUUUCAUUAAAUUUUGUAAAAAAUAAAAUUGUUAUAUGUUUGAAUCAACACAGGGUCAUUUCCAUGAAAUGUUGUACAGAGGCCCUUAACUAAAUUGGGGUUCACCAGUGUUUAUGGCAAUUUGUUUAGUGCAAUUUUGCAAAUUAUUUACCUUUCGGCACAUCUCUUUAUGGGUCACCAUCAGCUUUUACUGAUUUACACAGGAGUUUGUCACAGAUGUUUACACCAGAUGCUCCUCCUGACACAACCUUGUGUUUUAUCUGGGCUGGGGAGCGGCACAGGGAGACACAGACUUGGGCCUUCUUGUGGCUACAUUGUAAGGCAGUAGUGCAAAGGGUUGUCACCCACCAAUGAAGCUCAUUGGGCCCCAUGGAACCCUUCCUGGAGGGGGGUGGGGGGAGUCCCUCACUUAUCUACAUCACAACGUGAGAACCCAUUCGUUUUUGUGGGUUGGGAUGGGCUGGUGCUCAGAGCGCAGGUUUUUAGAGGAAUACUCAGAAAUAUGUGAAUGCAUCAAAGUAUUGUUUUAGGGUUGUUUUUUGUAAGGAAUGAACAUUAUAAUAUACUUAAAAGCUAAAAAAGAUUUUUUGCAUGAUAUAGGCUCUUUAACCAACUGAGCUAUUCAGCUGCUAAUGAGUGCAGUGCAAUUUUGAAAGACAGUGCAAUGUUCUGCAUCCUGAUUGGCUGUAGGCCCUGCCAAUCAAUCUCCUCGUUGCCAUAUCUCCUGUAAAGAAUGAGUUUAGUUUGACAGAGUAACAAAUAUUUGAUUUUGUUCAGAUCUUUGUUUUUAAUUCUAUAAUACAUGACUUCUUUUUCUAUAAAGGUUUGAACUUUGAGAGUUUAAAAGAGAGAAAAUGUGAAAAUGUUCAUGUCUGUCUAAGAUAUAAAAUCUGUCUAAGGUAUAAAACUAAGUAAAAAGGGGUUUUACAGCCUUAAAACGUCCAAAAACUUACUUUGUGGAUUUGACGUAUUAUGGAUUAGACGAUAGAAAACUGUGCAUCAUAGCAGACCGUUUGUGCAUGUGUUUGUAUUGUAAAAAUAACCACAAAAAUCUGUUUAACAGUAGAAAUGACUGCCUAAGUGUUUUCUGGGAUUUAGUCACUUGCUCACAAAGUUAGAAAAUAGAGUUGUCGAAGAUUUUCCAGCGGUGACACAUAAACAUACCAUGUUUUUGUGGUAAGAAUGACGCAUCAGCCCUGUCAUUAUAUGGUUUCUCUCCACACAAAUAUACAAUGGCACAGUGUUGACUUAUUGCAGGCUGUGUGGAAGAUCCAUCCCCGGUAACUGUCAAACUGGAGAGAAGCCACUGCAAACAGCAUAUCAGACUUCAAAACACGUUCUAUAGGGCUGAAAGUAGUCAUAAGAAACAAGACAUGGAGGCAGACAUGAAACCUCAACCCAGCCACAAAUAAUAAAACGUCUACUGUUUGGUUUCAUUUGACGUAUUUUUGUCUGUUUUUCAGACUCCCUGCCAUUUACUACUUUAUGUUCAGAAACAAAAGUUCAGUAAAUUCUAAAUAUAAAUUCUAACUGUUGCUUUUUUGACUUAUUUCAUUUUUUUGAGUUGGUCCUUCUGGAAAAUAGCACAGAACCUGUCAUUUAUUGUACAAUAAAACCCUGCUUCAGCCUGAUGGGUAA